AUGGGUCCACUACUGCUCUUGGUUGGACUGGUGUUCCUUUACCCCCUUUACCAUGUCAUCUACAAUCUUUUCUUCCACCCCUUAGCCUCCUACCCCGGCCCCCUUCUCUGGCGGGCAAGCUCCUUCCCAUGGAAGCUCACACUCCUCCGCGGGACCAUGCAUCACGAUCUGAUGCGAUUCCAUCAAAAGUACGGCGACACCGUCCGCCUCAAGCCCGAUGAAAUCAGCUACGCAAACGCCCAAGCCUGGAAAGACAUCCACGCACACGUCCCAGGUCGUCCGGAAUUCCUCAAAGACCCCGUUCGCCUCCCCCUGGCACCCAACGGCAUCAUGAGCAUCCUCGUCUCCGACACCAGAAACCACGCCCGCUUCCGCAGCUUGUUCGGCCACGCUUUCAGUGACAAAGGCCUGCGCGUCCAAGAGGCAAACAUCAUCCGCUAUGCCGACCUCCUGGUCGAUGUCCUCCGGGAAGUCGCCGACACGGACUCAGCCAUCGAAAUGGUGCGGUACUACAACAUGGGCAUCUUCGACUCGAUCGGCGCCCUCUCCUUUGGUGAGUCCUUCAACAGCCUGGCCGAUCGAACCCUCCACCCCUGGGUCGACGCCAUCCACAAAAACCUCAAGAGCGUGGCCAUCUCGCACGUCUUGCGGAGCAUGGGAGUCGAGUUCCUCACCCCUUACGUCCUCCCCGAAGAACUGCGGGGGAAGCGCGCCGAGAAUUACAAGUACGCCAUCGAAAAGGUCAACCGCCGGCUGCAAAAGACGGGCGACCAGAAUGACUUUUGGGAUCGCGUCAUCGUCAAGAGCGGCGACGGGAACGAGUCCGGCCAGGGGAUGAGCCAGGGGGAGAUGCUCAACAAUGCCGCCGUGAUGGUCGUUGCCGGGUCAGAGACGACAUCCUCUGUCCUCUGCGGCGCCACAUUUCUCAUGUGCAAAUACGUCAAGUUCGACAAGGCAGCGCACGAGGUCCGCUCGGCGUUCAAGAGGUCGGAGGAUAUCACCCUGUUGACUGUCUCCCCUCUGCCUUACCUCACUGCUGUCAUUGACGAGACCCUUCGCAUGUACCCCGCCGUUCCGGGCCAACCACCGCGCGUCGUGCCCGCGGGAGGAGCCAUGGUUUGUGGCAAAUUCAUCCCCGAGGGCAUGCGCGUCGGUAUAAGCCACAUCGGCACGUAUUACGCCGACUACAACUUCACCAAACCUCACGAAUUCAUCCCCGAGCGCUUCAUCAACAAGGAUGAUCCGAUGUUUGCCAACGACAAUUACGCCGCUUACCAGCCGUGGUCUGUCGGGGUGCGCAACUGCAUCGGGCGCAACCUUGCCUACGCCGAGCUGCGCUUGACACUGGCCAAGUUGCUGUGGCAUUUUGACCUUGUGCUGGACGAGGCCAAGACGGGAGACUUUCUGGACCAGAAGAUCUGGUCCAUCUGGGCGAAGAGGGAGCUGUAUGUCAAGCUGUACUCUCGCAAGGACUGA